AUGGACUUGGAGUAUGGAGGUUCGAGGAGCUUCAGCACAUACAUGUGGCGAAAGGAGGAACUAACACCUCUGAAUUACAACAAAAAAUAUAGCGCAGAGAUAGAGCAAGCGGAAGGAAGUGAUAAGAAGAAUAAACGUGAAGACUCGAGGAACAGGCGCCAGCUGUUCACCAAUUGCAAUUUUUACAUUGACGAUUUUGUAAGUUUCUUUUCACUUUACAACACGUGUGAUAAGAGCCAUAACAAGGAUGAAGGGGUCCAGGGGGAAAGCCCUUGCCAAAUGACCACACUGUACAGGGGAGAUGGGUACAAAGUGGGCCCGCAGGAUGAAUGGAAUAAUUUCACGAACCAUGCAGAGGAGAAGACAGUAUAUAGGUACUACAACAACUUCAGUAGUCAAUCGAAAUGUAUUACGCCUUAUAACAACAGCGACUUGGGUGGUGGGAAUAAUUAUGUUAAUUUUGGAAGUAGUGAUUAUGAAAGGCCAGAGUUGACGAAGCUACACGAUCGCCACAUCGAAGAAGCAGACAUGAGUUUAGACAAGACUCCCACAAAAAGCAACCAGUACGAUUUGGCAAAAAUUUUGGAAGGUACUCAUACAAGUAGGGAUAGGAAUGAGUUUGAUACCUUCGUGAAAAGGUACGAAACGGUACAAACGAGAAAGAGAAAUGUGCAUGCUUCCUACAUAAACAAGAAAGAGCAGAUCGAAAUAAUGAUUGUACAAAAUGGGGGGGUUAUACAUAAUGCAUUAACAAGUAAGGUGACUCACAUAAUUAGCAACAAUAUGGCGUUAGGGUCAAAGAAAUAUAUGGAUUAUAAAAAAGCAAUUAAAAAGUCGAAAAUUUUUAUAGUAGUAGAUAAGUACAUUUUCGACUGUGUCAAAUUUCAGUGCAGACUUCCUGAACAGUCCUACUUACCAUCAGUACUGCGUUAUAACAGUAGGCAAAUAACUGAGUUCUUUCCCGUCAAGAAGAGCAGGAGGAGGCGGAGCGUGGGUGGGGAGGUGCCGUCGUUAGUUGCUUCCAAUGUACAUUCACGGAAUUGUACCCCUGUUUUGGAUCAUCGCAAGGGGGGAGAAGAAUGUAUUGUGGCAGAUUCUCCUCAGAAGGGUGUACUGGCUGAUGACUCCUCUUCAGGUAAAAGACUCACAGAUCACAUACCGAUCGACAAACAUUUGCUAAUGCUGAACAUGCACAUGAGCUACAAAAAUUUAAAGAACUACAUUGUGUGUAACUGCUCUGAGUAUUUCAGAAGGUUGCGCACGAUUUACCUGAAGAAGGAAUUAGAAGAAAACGCCUUUCCCAAUGUAAGUCCCAAUUUGUACAUCAACAAGAACACGUUUGAAGAAUUUUCGAGGAAGUAUAGAAUAUUGAGUCACCUGAAUGAGACGGAAAUUAACUGGAUUAAGAAAAAGAGCGAAUUGAAUAUAAAGGUGAAGAACGUAUGGGAAAAUGAUAUGCUUCAUUUUUUCUUCGACACUGUGUUGAAGAAGAAGGAUAGCGACGAAGUUGCUUCUUCCAUGGGGUCGACAUCACGUGAGGGGGAGCAAGCCGAGGUGUCCACACGCAACAGCGAUGAUGUUAUAAGUGCAGACGGAGGGGGAGAAGCAGGCAGCACAGGAGAAGGUGCAAACGGCUCUAAUCACCCCCUCAGCGAGGGAUACGCCUCGGACAAACUAAUCGAAAGCAUCAAGGCCUACCUAUACAACUCCAGGAUGUACAUUCUGGGAAAUUGGAAAUAUAUAAGUCGUGAAUUUUUUAAAUUUGAGGACAUAAACGAAAACGACAGGAGGAAGUGCGUCUACCUGUACAUUGACUUCGACAACUACUUCCUAAGUGCAAGUGUGAAAAAUGCAAGUGAUCAGCAUGGCAUGAAAAAAAAAAUGGGCAACCACGAAAUAUUAUGUGUAUGUCACAGCUUGAAGAAGGAGGAGAGUUAUAGCAUUAUAAGUGCUACCAAUUAUUGGGGGAAGAAAAACAAAAUCAGCAACGGGAUGGUAAAAUGGGAAAUCACCAAAAUGCAUAAAGACAAUAUACGUUAUAUCAAGUAUAAUUUUUGCAACAUCCUAAGGUGUAGUUAUUUGUUUCUACUCAUCCUCAUGAAUUACUCAAGAAAUGUGAGGGUACACUCAGUCGAUGAGUCAAUCGUUCAAUUAUUUUACGAAAAUGAGCAAGACAUUUACAUAAAGGCUAAACAAAUCGCGGAAGAUAUUUACAACUUAACCAACCUUAGUGUGUCCAUAGGAAUUUCCUCCAACUUAAUAAUGUCUAGGAAAGCUGUUAAGUUUUGCAAAAAACGUUUUUUAUUUUUCGAUUAUUAUCAUCAUUUUUGUAUAUUUAUUAUGGGCAAGUAUUUCUCCGGGCGGGACAUAAACGGUCAGGAAGCUGCCUGCAGUACCACUUCACAAAAUAAUGUUCAGAAGCAACGCUCGUUAGAGCAAUGCGAUGUGAGUUCUGUUACGGGUGAUCACAAUGAAGGGGCCGGUACCGAACAGGGGGACGGUUUAGUGAAGGAAGGCAAUUACGCCGCUGAGGGGCACACAACACAGAACGCCCCAUUCAACUUCGAAGACUUGGAAAAUCUGUUCGAUGAGUAUGUCGCCUCCGCUGUCGCGGGACGCAACCAGGUUAAUGCAUCUUCUGACUGCACCACUCGCAGCCCCUCCGAUGAGUAUUUCCUGAACGCCAUGAAGAACAAAAGGGAUCCACGUGUGGACUCCAUUUUUAACAAGUUUGUCCAAGCCAACCGAGCCAACAUGGAAGACAUAACAAACACCUUCUUCGAUCAGGUCAUUCACCCGAUAAGUAAAUUCUUCUUUUUCUACAAAAAAAACGAACACUACAUGGACGUAUUAAGACAGUUAAAUUAUUUAAAUGGUGAAUUUAUUCAUUUCAACAUUUAUAAUUUGCCUGUGGACAAGAAUGAUUCUCCCGUACCUUGUGAUGACCUGCCGGAAGCCACUUUAAUAAAAUUAAAAAAAAAAGAUACCGAUCCAAUUGAUGGUAAAAAGUGCAUACAUAUAAGUGUGAACUAUGGAGUACGCUUCCAAUACAUUAACGAUUUUUAUUUUCUCAUUUAUUUUAUGACCAAGCAGUUGUAUAUCCGAUUAAGGAUUCAAAAGCUCAAAGCCAAGGGUCUACAUGUGUAUUUUUUUUUCAAUAUGGAGGGCGAACAUGUGCAUCCGCUGAAAUACUUUGGCAGGGGAAAGGUCGCCAGGGUCAGCAAGAGAAUUCAGCUCACUCAUUACACAGACAAUUUUUUUGUAUAUUUUUUCAAAGUGAUUUACACUUUCGAUACUCUGACUAGCAGCUUGACCCAACUCAGGGGCAUUCAAAUUAUGUGCUCCGACGUAGUCAGCGGCGAUGCGCUCCACGCCCGUGGCAUGAAAAGCAUUCUGUUCUACUUCCCCAUGGGGGAGAGGGAAAACAGGAAGGUAGUGGAGGAGGCCAAGUUGCAACCAGCUGUAGGGGUCAACUUGCCACCAGCUAUAGAACCAUCUGUAGGGGUCAAGAUAGAACCAUCUGUAAGGGUCAAGAUAGAACCAGCUGAAGAGGUCCAAGACAUCACACCCAACAUACGAGUCCCGCAAGUUCGUCCCGCCUGGGAGAACAACGCCAAAGACGCCUGGAAAAGGGCGACGCAUGUCCCGCGUCACCAUCGCUGUGGCCGUGGUGGGAAAUCCAAGCACAAGAAAUGCCUGCCCUUGAUCGAUGGCAGACGCCGGAAAAGUAUCCUUUACUACUUUUUCAACACGAAAAAUAAAGCGGAAGCCGAAAAAGAGGUCGACAUGUCGAGUAACAAAUGUAUCCCGUUCUCAUUUAAAAGUGGAGCAAAAGAAAUAAAUAAAAUAAAUAAUAAGCAUAAGAAUAAUGCAAGUGUGAGAAGGAUGACGACUCCUUUACCACCCAGAAGCUCCAAGAUGACCAGGAAAAUAAAAACCACAAGGAAUUAUAAAAUUCUCGAUUUCUUCCCGCAAAUUUUCAUGAAUCGACAAAGACAAAGCAAUACCAUCACUACUGCACACAGUGAUCAUAUGAACAAAUGGAAAGACAGAAAUGUUGUGACGACGGACAUGAACAUAUUCGAUAGUAUAAUUAAUAAGAGGGUGAAGAAGGAGGCUCAUAUUAAGGAGGAAUUCAAUUGCUGUUAUUCUAGUUUCAGGAACAUCCUUGAGGAUGUGAUGGAAAAACAGAAAGGUCCAACUACCAUGUGUGAAAGUCAGCAUGUGUGUGCAAAUGAAUCAGUGAAUGAUACCAUUUUUUGUCACUCCUACAUCAUUCCCUCUCUUUAUUCAAUGAAUCGAGAAAGCGAAAAAGGUAUCCUUUACACCUAUACCAAGGAAAUAAUUUCUUCCUACAUUUCCUAUUUUAACAAUUUAUUUCACAAUCACGACUGUGGAAAUGAUGAUGCAACGGAUAGGUAUUACCUCCUGAAAUUCGUUGCUACUGUUGUGGAAAACUUAUGUGAGGAGUUGCACCGCAAGAGGCUCCUCGAUGUUCUGCACAAAUUUUUGAAAAAUUUUAAGCAUGCUUGGUGCUUGAGCUGUGAAGAAGAGGAAAAGGAGGAGAAGGGGAGUGGGAACGGCGAGAACAACUCCUUCCCAUCUCUAUUUCAUCGAAUUAUGGUGAAGUACGGCGUGUGUUCAUUCGAUGCGUGCAUGGGUACACCCCCUUAG